ACAGGUCCCAAAAUUAAAACUUUUGGAUUUGUUCUUCUUCUAUGGCAACUGACGAAGGUGAUUUGUCAGCUCGUUACCAGAGCACGUUGGAUGCAUUGUCGUCUUUGAUCACUAAACGCGGCCGUUUUGCCAGUAACAACCAAUCUCACCGAUUCCGUUUGCUCUUUCAUUAUCUCAAGGUUCUUGAGCUUGAAGAUGCAGUCUCACAAAUGAAAAUUAUUCAUGUGGCUGGAACUAAAGGAAAGGGAUCAACAUGUACAUUUGCGGAAUCUAUUCUUCGUUGUUACGGUCUUCGAACUGGUCUCUUUACAUCUCCUCACUUAAUCGAUGUCCGAGAGAGAUUCCGUCUUAACGGCAUAGAGAUAAGCCAGGAGAAAUUUGUGGACUACUUUUGGUGUUGCUUUCAUAAGCUCAAGGAGAAAACCAGCAAUGAGAUUCCAAUGCCUACUUACUUCUGCUUCCUUGCAUUGUUAGCUUUCAAGAUUUUCGCAACAGAACAGGUUGAUGUUGUUAUACUAGAAGUUGGCUUAGGUGGGAGGUUUGAUGCGACUAAUGUGAUUCAAAAACCUGUCGUCUGUGGUAUUUCUUCUCUAGGGUAUGACCAUAUGGAAAUUCUUGGAUACACACUUGCUGAAAUUGCUGCAGAGAAAGCCGGUAUCUUCAAGAGUGGAGUUCUGGCUUUUACAGUGCCUCAACCUGAUGAAGCCAUGCGUGUACUUAAUGAGAAAGCUUCAAAAUUGGAGGUGAAUCUGCAGGUGGUGGAAGCAUUGGACUCAAGCCAGAGACUCGGGCUUCAAGGCGAACAUCAAUAUCUAAACGCUGGUCUUGCUGUUGCGUUGUGUUCUACAUUUCUUAAAGAGAUUGGUAUUGAGGACAAGAAUGGACUGAAUCAAACAAACGGUUUACCCGAAAAAUUCAUCUCUGGAUUGUCGAAUGCUUAUUUGAUGGGACGAGCUAUGGUAGUGCCUGAUUCAGAACUCCCUGAAGAGAUUGUGUAUUACCUUGAUGGAGCUCAUAGUCCCGAGAGCAUGGAAGCUUGCGCUAUAUGGUUUUCAAAACAGAUCAAACAAAACCAAGAAAGAAACCAGAGAAGAUCAGAGCAGAUACUCUUGUUCAAUUGUAUGUCUGUUCGUGACCCGAGUUUGCUUCUUCCGCGAUUAAGAAGCAAAUGCAUUGAUCAAGGAGUUGAUUUCAAGAGAGCCAUUUUUGUACCAAACGUAUCAGUGUACAACCAAGUGGGUUCUUCGUCAGAGGUUGCCACACGUGUCGAGUCGAUGUCGUGGCAGUUCGGUCUUCAGAGGCUUUGGGAGAGUUUGGCUAGAGGUGAAACAAAAUCUAAUUCAAGAAGUGACUCUAAAGGCAACGGAGAAGAUAAGAGUUUUGUUUUCUCGUCACUUCCUUUGGCCAUUGACUGGCUCCGGGACAAUGCUCGCCAAAGUAAACAAGUUCGUUUUCAGGUAUUGGUAACUGGUUCAUUACAUUUGACGGAAGCUAGGGUUGGUGUGAGCUCAGGGCAUGGCGUAGCUUCGUCUUCUCAUCGUUUAACGCAGGACCAGAGAUCACAUAUCGAAUCGGCGUCUCAGCUCUUAGCCGGAGGACUCGCCGGUGCUUUUAGCAAGACUUGUACUGCUCCUCUCUCUCGUCUCACCAUUCUCUUCCAGGUGCAAGGUAUGCACACAAAUGCUGAAGCUCUAAGAAAGCCAAGCAUAUUACACGAGGCGUCACGGAUAUUGAAUGAAGAAGGAUUGAAGGCUUUUUGGAAAGGGAAUCUAGUUACUAUUGCUCACCGGCUUCCAUAUUCUUCGGUCAAUUUCUACGCAUAUGAACACUACAAGAAGUUCAUGUAUAUGGUUACUGGGAUGGAAAAUCACAAGGCGAGUAUAAGCUCAAACGUUUUUGUACAUUUUGUAGCCGGUGGUUUGGCUGGAAUCACAGCUGCUUCUGCCACUUAUCCGCUUGAUCUUGUUAGAACUCGUCUUGCUGCUCAGACAAAUGUAAUCUACUACACAGGUAUCUGGCAUACUCUGCGCACUAUUACAACCGAUGAAGGUAUCUUGGGCCUCUACAAGGGACUAGGAACAACGCUUGUGGGUGUUGGGCCUAGUAUUGCCAUUAGCUUUUCUGUGUAUGAAUCAUUGAGAUCUUAUUGGAGGUCAACUAGGCCCCAUGAUUCCCCUGUCAUGGUCAGUCUAGCUUGUGGAAGUCUUUCAGGAAUAGCAUCAUCAACAGCCACGUUUCCAUUGGAUCUGGUGAGAAGAAGGAAGCAGCUAGAAGGAAUAGGCGGGCGAGCGUUAGUGUACAAGACAGGUUUGUUAGGCACACUAAAGCGUAUAGUUCAGACGGAAGGAGCAAGAGGUUUGUACAGAGGAAUUCUUCCAGAGUACUACAAAGUGGUACCUGGUGUUGGGAUUUGCUUCAUGACCUACGAGACACUCAAGCUUUACUUCAAAGAUCUUUCCUCAAAGCUAUAACGGUUUAAUAUGUUGGUAGAUUUUUAGGUCUAUUUUUGGUGAGAGGAAAAAAACUGUAAACCAAACAGCGGAAAAUGAUAAUGUAUACGAAAUGUAGAAUUAUAUGUAGUUGUUGGAUGUAGCUUAUACGAGAUUAACAUU